AUGCCUGCUACAUCCAAGACUCCAAGACGCGACUGGCGAGCCUGGAGAAGGCGCCGGGCAGCUGGGUCCAGGGACCACCCACCACACGCACACACACACACACACACACACACACACACACACACAGGACCCACACACACACACACACACACGCAGUCUCUCACUGCGGAUGCUGAUGCUUCUCGGAAUGCUGCGCCAGCCUCUUCAACAAUAAUGAGCUUCGUCCAUCCCGAACCACAUUAUGUGCAUACAGUACAGUACGGCGCAAGGCACUCCCGGAACACCCACCCAGCUCAGAGGUCAGCGCGGCAUUUACCCUUGGGUUUGGCUACAGCUCCGUUGCCCUCGGAGAAUAUUGACUUUCCACCCCCUGCUCCACUCUCCACUCUGGCCCGUGAAAGUCGUGGCUCUGUGCAUCAGCUGCCAAGCAGCCAAGCAGUCUUAAGCGACCCAUGCACCGAGUACUGUACACUGGUCGCGGAACGCCUUGUGAGCCACAGUGCUCAACUGUCUCACGCACAGUCGGACUGUCAAAAAGCGAACCGUCCUCCGCUGUCCACACUGGACUGGUACCACGACACAACAAGCAGCAGCAGACAACCCGAACGCAGCUACCCUGCCACAACCCUUCUAGAUACUCACACCCCUGCCUCUGCCUCUGCCUCUGCCUCUCCACCAUCUCCUUCUCAUCUCUCCAAGUCCAAUCUAUAUAUGUACAAAAGCUUGAGGCAUACAACGUGGUGUCUCCAUCCGUGUGAAUCCAUGCUGUACCUCACAAACGCGUCCGCUGGCUUGACGCCUUCAUUCACCCCCAUCCAUGCUUCAAAAGGAGCCUGUAGCAGUAGCCGCCCCGCCAUCCACACUCCAGGCUCCACCCGUAGUAGCAGAGCAUCCACUUGCCUUGGACUUGGACCUGUCAAAACACUCAUCGUAACCAUGCUGGGAACCGACGAUCCACAUGUACAAGCACGACCAGCAGCUCAGUUGCAACGCUGCCUUGUCCUCCACCACCAUAACUGCACGACGACCAAGCAAAAACUUCACCUCCAACCACGCCAUAAGCUCCAGUCCCUCUCACCUACCUUGCCACCACUCUACGUACGUAGCAGCACGCGUUCGACAGUGAUCCGGAAACGGGACACACCUCCAAGUCUCCGUCUGGCUGGGUCACCCGAGUGCGGCUGCGCUAAAACGGCAGACGACGACAUUCGUCAAGAAAGACAGAGAGCUGUGAGACUCGGGAAGAAAGUCCAGGCAGGGAUUAGUUGCAGUCGCACAGCAGCGAUGGUUUGGGGUUGCGUUGUUUUAUUGCGCGCCUGGACUGGUAGACUGGACUAG